GGAGAAGCAGCCCCAGGCAGUAUCACAGUCCCUGGCCCCAUCUGCAAUGCUGCAGUGCAGACAUGCUCAGGAGUUCAGCUUUGGGCCCCGUGCUUUGAAGGAUGCCCUCAUCUCGACCAACCCUGCCCUGCAGGAGCUCUACACCAAAGCUUUCUCCAGUGCAGAGAAGCUGUUCCUCUCUGAAGCCUACAACCCCCAGAGGACGAUCUUCUGCACCCUGCUUAUCCGGACAGCUUUUGACUGGAUCCUCAGCCACCCAGAUGCCCCCGAGGACUUUGAAACCUUCUACCACUCCAUGCUGAGGAGGAAGCAGAGUUUCUGUCGAAAGCACAUUUACCUGCAGCCUAUUGAUCUCAUUGAAGGGUCUUCUGGGAUAUCACUGCUGGAUUCCCUUAGGAGCUGUGUUGAGUCUUUCUUCCUGGGCCUUCGGGUAAAGUGCCUUCCUUCCAUUCCCAUCUCGUCCAUUCGCUGCUGCUACCGACAAAACCAGGACUCAGACAGGGUGCAGCUUCACACAGAUGGGAUCCUGAACUUCCUAAAGAACAACAAGCCCAUGGAUGCUCUCUGUGUCCUUGGACUCACACUCGUGGACCUGUACCCCUGUGAGACCUGGAGUUUCACUUUCAGCAAAUUUCUGCCAGAACAAGAAGUGGGAGUCUGCAGUUUUGCCAGAUUUUCUGGCGAUUUCCCCCAGGCAGGCUGUAGCGCCUUAAAUCCAGCCCUGCAGAGGGGAAAGCUGUGCAAGGUCACAGAGAAGACUGGAGACCGGACAUUGCUGUUCAGUGUGCUGGAGAUGGUCCAGUGUUGCAAGGUCACGUGCCAUGAGAUCUGCCACCUGAUUGGCCUGGGGAACUGCAGGUGGCUGCAGUGCAUCAUGCAAGGCGUGCUGAGUUUGGACGAAGCACUUCUAAGGCCCCUGGAGCCCUGUCCCAUCUGCCUUAGGAAACUGCAGUAUGUCGUGGGCUUCAAACUCGUCGAGCGCUACCGGAAACUGUAUGCUUGGACACAAACUGUACUGUCAGCCUGGGCCAGUCAGGAGCCAACAGACCUGUCGGCCUCCGAGGACCUCCUGCCAUUCAGCUCGGACUCGGGGAUGUGCUGCGAGAAUGACUCCGAAGCAGUCACUUCCCUGUCCGAGCCCCUAACCCCAGACACAUGCAGCCAGGCUCUCUCCAUCGGGCAGGAGCUGGAGCACGAUGAGCAGUUGUGUUCUCUGGCCGACACGCACAGCGAGCAGGAGCUGGAUGGCACUACCAAGACCACAGACAUCAUCAAGGAGUACGAGUUGUGGCUGGAAAUGUGCAUUGCUGCCUUGGAGAGGAAUGUCUCUGAGGAGGAACUGGCCCAGGUGGACCAAGCUGUGGAUGCUUUUGCCAGGUGGGAAAUGUUUACAGGGCAGCUCCCCACCAUGAAGGACUUGCCCUUCACCAGGGGCAGUGUAGGGUUAAGGAAAGUCCUCGGAGACAAAUUCUCAUCCUUGCGGAGGAAGCUGAGCUCCAGAAGACUGCCGAAGGGGGAAUCCUCCCCUCAUCGCUGGAGAUGGGAAGAAAACUAGCAGUGGCCUGACUUGUGUGUCCAUCUCUCACUGUCCUUCUGGCUGGGAAAAGGCAGCCUGAUUUAAGUUUUGUUCUGUUAUUACCCUGCAUCAGAUCUUUCCCACCAGAAGUUACAUCCCACCAGAAUGAAGUGUUUCUUUUUCCCCUAAUGUGGAGUUCAGUCAGUCUAUCUCCAUCUCUAAGAGCUUGUCUGAAUGAGAGAGUAACACUGGCUUAAUGUAAAGUAUCAAUCCAAACCUAUGACAAGUCCCAUGUGGAUGCUCCUACUUCAGUCUGGCUUACAGUGGCUUGGAACAGGUUUAAGUUAAAAGCAGCUUAAAACACAUUCAUGUAAAGGUUUACACCAGUUGAGGGGAAAAAAAGGAGAAGGUUAAGCCAAUGCAAAACUCCGAUGUAAGGAAAGCGCCAAUCUACUGAAAGCUUGAGCCAUACAAACAUG